UAGUUCCUGUCUCAGACAGACUCUAAGUCCAAAGCCACCAAACAAACCUCUAUAAAUUACUAAUCCUCAAAAACAAAGAAAAAAAGGAAAGACGGAGAAAUUGAUCGCCGGAAAAAGUAAUAAUGACAGCGAAAACUUCACCGGACUGGCUUCCAGCUGGCUGGACUCUACAGUUCAAAGUCCAAAAAACAGGCCGCAGAAUCACGCAUUACAUAAACUUGGCAACUGGUCAGAAGUUCUUUACAAAGGAUGAUCUUAUUCGCUAUACUAAAACAGGAAGCACUAAAUGUGAUGACCUGCAGCCAACUCCAAGGCAAACUAAAAUGCCCCCAGCAAAUGGUCGCGUGGAUACUGCAGUAAAUGCAAAUGAACGUCCCGAAUGGUUACCCAAGAAUUGGUUCAUGGAGUUGAAAACCCGUAAGAGUGGUGUAAGAGCUGGAAAACACUACAAGAUAUAUAUUGAUCCAUCGACAGGAUCUAGAUUCUAUUCCAAGCUACAGGUGUUCCGGUUUCUUAACCAUGUAGAGCAGAAAAGUAGCAAACCUAAACAGAAGAAAAGAGUCUCACACUCAACAAGCAAAAUUGUGGUAAAAGCAAAUGAACAUCCUGAAUGGUUACCUAAGAAUUGGUUCACGGAGUUGAAAACCUAUAAGAGUGGUGCAAAAAUUGGAAAAUCCUACAAGAUAUAUGUUGAUCCAUCAACUGGAUUGAGAUUCCAUUCCAAGCCUGAGGUGUUCAGAUUUCUUGACAAAGGAGACUUGUAUUACACUGAUCCAGCUAGUGGAUAUGUUUUUCGCUCCAAAAAGGAUGUUCUUCGCUAUCUAGAAACUGGAGAGAUCGGUAGAUAUGCUUUUUUACCGAAGAAGAAGCACAGUGAUGAUCAAAAUUUAAUUCAUACUGAAAAAUCACAAUUGCCGGCAGCUAAAAGGCAGAAAGUGAAGCAUCCUGGCACCAGGAGGCAGCUCUUUACAGCUAGGGAGACAUCUGAUAGGAGUAUUUUAUCUCACCUAGAAGCUGAGACCUUUGAGAAAGGACAGAGUGAGAAGGAUUAUACUGAAACUAGGCUUGCUACAACUUCCUUACCUCAAAGCCAAUCAUACAUGGAAGUCAUUGCUACUGCAGAAAAAUCAAAUUGGAGCUGCUCAGUAGCUCCAAAAGCUUCCAACAGAAAUCAGGGGAAAACAGUCUCUGCCGAUGACAUGUUUGUUUCAACUGCUGCAGCAAAUGUCCUGCAAGUGAAGAACCUGCUUGAAAGGGGAACAGAGAAGAAGAGCAAUAUAAACUCUAAGGACUCUGGCAAGUCCAAGAAUAAGAAAGAGCCUGAUUUGCCUCGUAGGUUUUCAAAACGACUUGCUCAUCAUGAACCUGAUCUGGCAUCUUGUGGCCUUGAACUUGUAAAGGCUUGCCAAAAAGAAGCCAAUGGUCAAUGUGUUUUAGAAGAUGAAGCAACUGAGCAGCACAACAUUGGCUCCGGUGCAGAGGUAGCAAAGCAAGUCUCUGCUGAUUUGACAGUUAAAUCACAUUGGGGGUCAAUGAAGAAGACCAUAAAGCCCGCUGAAGACAAAGAUGUUCUUGGAAAGCAACCACAAAUGUUGGAGAAUGAGAAGACUAGUGACACUAAGUCAGAAGUACAGCCUUUUGUUUGUUCUGACCCAUGCCUAGAAUUUGCAAUCAAGACUCUUACAGGUGCAAUACCACUUCAGGCUGCUUCAAGUAAAGAGCUUGUUUCAACUGCUGCUUCUAAUGUCCUGCAAGAGAAGAAUCUAGGUAAAACAACGAUGGGAAACAAGAGCAGCAACAUAGAAACUAGGAACUCAAGCAAGUUGAAAAAGAUGAAAGAGCUUGACUUGCCUCGUCGGUCAUCAAAACGACUUGCUGGGCUUGAACCUGAGCUGGUGGCCAGUGGAGGAUCCAUUGAAGUAGCUGUUCAGAAUGCUACUACAAUAUCUGGAAAAAAUGAACCGAAAUCACCAUGUCUUUUGGUGGAUAAAGCAACUCAGCAGCCAAAUGUUGGCCCUAACGCUGAGCUCCCAUAUCAAGCUUCUGCUGCAGCAGUCAAUCAAGAGAUCAGUAGCAGAAGGCCUCAUGAAGGUGGAGCAAUUCUUGGAGUGCGACCACAAAUGUUGGGAAGUCAGAAAUGCAGUGACAGCAAGUCAGAACUACAACCAUUUUUUUGUUCCGACCCAUGCCUUGAAUUUGCAAUCAAGACUCUUACAGGAGCAAUACCAUUAGAGGAUGCUAUCAAUGAAGGGCUUGUUUCGACACCCAUUGCUAAUAUCCAGCAACAGAUUAAUCUAGCUGAAGCUAGAAUUGAACAUAGCAGGUGUAGAAAAGCUUUGUUUAACUCAAGCAGGUCCAAGAAGGAUUGCAGUUUUCCUCAUUGGUCUUUGAAACAACUUGCUGGGCGUGCACCUGAGCUGGAGGCAAGUUCACUGUCCAAUGAACGAGUUCUCAAAACUGCAGCUAGAAAGUCUUGUAAUAACAAAGCCAUUCGAAAUGUGGAUUUGACUUCAGAGAAUCCAAUAGAUAAAGCAUCUCAAGAACUUGAGACUGGACCAAGACCAGCACUUCAACAUCCUGACUUUACAUACAGAACCACUGUGUUUCAAGUAGAGUCAUCAAACAAGAGCAAAGCGCCUCAUCUAAACCUAACUGCUCCUACCGAAAUGAAUAUUGAGAAGCCAGGCCUGCACUCUGCAAUUCCAUUUGGGAAGUCUUGGUCUGAUUCACGCUUUGAGUUUGCAUUCAACACUGUUACAGGUUCUAGUCCUACUGAGGAUAGUUUUGCUUUUCAGAGUUACUUCCACCAACAGUUUAGCAGCUCUGGCUCCCAGAUAGAUGGCAACUUUGCAUUGCCUGAUUAUGGCUUGCCUAGCAUUUCUCAAAGCGAUAUUUCACCACACUUAGCUGCCACGGCACAACUUGUUAUGCAGCAACAGUUCCCUGUGAAUCCUUCAUUCCUUCCCCCUGGUAAUGUACGCUUACCUAGUCACAGUGGAGUUGAUGCUCAACGACCUUACAGUAAGGGGAACAAGGAAUUACCUGGCAAGGUCAAGCCCUAGACAUAAGGGUUUGCAAAGCAUGCCAGGCAUCCAAGACAAGUUCAGGUUACAUAUUCUAUCUGAACUGACACCUUUAUGGUUUUUGACUUCUUGGCAUGGACCUUUUCUUUUAAAAAAAAAAAAUUCUAAUUGGGUGUAAAGUAUGUCAGCUGUUAAGGUAAGAAGAUAUUCGGCCUUCACCUUGAAAUAUCCUUCCAUCAUUUUGACUGUGGAUGGAGCAAAAAGCCGCUAUUUAUGGCGGAGUUCUGGGGUUAUCAAAUAUUAUGUAAUGUAAUACUCCUGUGCUCUUGGAUAAACGACAGACUGUUCACGUUACGUCAUUUUUUUGGGAUGAUCA